AUGUCAUUUCAACAAAUAGUUAAUAAUCUAUAUCUUAGAACAAAUGUAUUUGAUCAAGUAAACAAUAUACAUCGAUAUCUUAAUCUACAAUCAAGAAAACAAUCACAACUAUGUUGUUUUAAAGAUUACUUGCAUUACAAUCGAAUCGAUCUAUUCCUUGAAUGUGCAAAUAAUGAUUACUUUAAAUCUGUAGAAAUUGAAACUUCUAAUCAAAUAUAUCUAUCAAAAAUUGAUAUAUUUAAUUCAAUAUUUCAUCAAAUCAUUCAAUAUAAUAAUAUAAGAGCAUUUAAACAUGUGGUAGAGAUGAUUCAAACAAAUUUUAUUGACCGUGGAAGUAAAUUAUCAUACAUGAUAAAGAUUGAUUGUCACAAUGUUGGUACCUAUGAAAUGGCAGUAGAGAUUUUAAAAGUAGCUGUAGAAAAGGAAUUGUUUGAUUUUGUUUCAAUCAAUCUAUUGUUGAUCAAAUUGAUCGAGAAUAGAGAUUUGAAACAAUUACAAGCAAACAUUUUCAGAAAAGAUAAGGUUUUACAGAUUUCUCAAGUAUCAAUGGCUCUAUUGUUUGACGAUAGUCAAAACAGAGGAGAAAAAGACUCAUUGUUGGAUAUUAUAAAAUUCUUAUUGGAAAAAUGUAAUUACAAUGUAGUUGAUCUCUUUUUGGAAACACUAAAGUACAAUAUUAGAAAUAAUGCAAAGUUUAUGAAUUUGGUUGAACUAUUUUACAAAGAUCAACAACUCUUAGAAGAAAUAGAUUCAACAAGCCAAAAGAAAAAGAUUGGAAAUUUUAUAAACCCACCAUCUCUCAAGGUUGAAUCAUCAUUGUCGCCAAACCAUGUACACGAAUUAUUAAAAACGGUUGCUUAUUUUGAAAAAUGGAAUUUGGAAGCAAACUCUUCUAAACUACUUGGAUCAAUACAACUUGUUGGAAUUGAUUUCUUAAAGUAUCUUGUCGAUCAAGACGAGACUAGUUAUCUUGUCAAUAGUAAAAUUUUUGGAAUAGCAAUGUGUCACUGGGAUUCAGAUUGCGUCAAUUUUCUCAUUGGAAUAUUGGUUUCUUCAAACAUAAACAAUAGAUGUAUCGUAGAUAAUAUAAAUUUUAAUACAAUCUCUAUAGAAAUAUUGGAAACUAUUUCAAGUUUUAAUCAUAUUGCUGUAGAAUAUGAACAAAUAUUGAUCAAUAUCUUGGUGGACGACUAUUCCUACAUUCAAAAAGAAAUAGUGAAACAAAAAAAACAAAAAAUAACUGGAUAUCUAUUAAACAAGAUAUAUCAGGAAAGCGGACUAAACAAUGUCUAUGGUAAAGCUAUCAUGGUUCAUGACUUUUUCGUUGCAGGAAUCAUUGAACGUUUAGCUUAUUCUCAAAGAUUGGAAUUGGAUAUUGCAUUGGAAUUACAUUAUGAUCAAGAGACUAUUCAAUACAUCAUUCAAACAACAAAUAUUGAAUUAAAACAAAAUCAACAAUCAGUCAUAUCGAUCAGUCCCAAAAUUUUACCUCGACUCGGUACUGUAGGGAGCGAACAAUCAAGAAUCCUUUAUUUGUACUUUGAAAAUCGAGAAAAGUUGGUAAAAGAUGUGGUAGAAUUUUUGGUCAAAUGUUGUGCUGUCAAUCAUGAUGAUAUACUACUCGAUAGUCUUUUGGUUAAAGGAGAGGAAAUGGGCGGUAUUUUCUCAUCACUAGACUAUAGAACCAUAUUUGAAAUGGCAUGCUCAAAGGUCAUGUUUAAUAGAGGUCGAUUAAAAUAUGGUACACUCACUCCAACCAUGAUACAAGCCCUCAUUUUAUCCAAUCAACACCGACUUUUACAAUUAUUGGUAGCGGAUGAAAAUUAUGCCAACCCAUUUGUAAUGGCAAGUAGUAGGUAUACCAGUGAUCAAUUUCAAGUUUACAUUGUGGAUCCAUUAUUACGAGUCAUGCAAGAAAAUAUAAAAGAAAACAAACCAAAUUCUGAAUAUUUCUAUUUUAUCAAAACGGCCAUUGGAACUAUUCUUUAA